GAAACAACUGUUUUGAAAUCUUACAAAUGUAUACAUCAUGAUUAAGCUGCCUUAGAGAAUCCUGUGUUUAAUUGGAUUUAGUAGAUUGCCCUUAAAUUUAAUGUUGAGUUCCCAUAGCACGUUAGAAUGAAAGCUUUUAAGCUGAGUGGAUUGGUGAUAUUAGUAUUGUUGCAAUUGACAUUCGGUCAAGAGCUGCAAGAUCUGCUGCAGGAGGGAAGUGGGUCGGUUGGUGAAAGCGUGACGCCUUCGCUGGUGGACGAUUACGUCAACUGCCCUCCCGAUGAUGGUGGAAAUGAUGAUGACUCGGAAGAUGCAGCAGAAUCGGUCGAAGACUACGCGUAUGACUACGAUGCUCCACCGUCGAUGCCGAGAAUAUCUUUCGAUGAUCUAGUAGAUACAGUGGAGAAUGCUACGGUUGUUGAACUAGUUGACGGUAAACUACAGGAUGAACCUUCUACGGAGACAGAUAGCGGAGAACAGAGCACUGAAGAAGUGACUGAUUUCGGUGCAAGUGGUGACGAGGAAUCUAGCGGUGAUGGGGAAGAUGUGUCCAGUUCUAUCCAGCUGAUCAAGGCACCGAAAAUCUACAAUGUACCGGAUACGGAAUCGCAAGAUAACAAGUUCGCCGCAUUCACUGAGGAGCAUCCGGAAGAGAUCGUUUUGACAUCUCCAAACUACCCAGAACCAUAUCCCAAUUCGGUCAACAGUUUUGAAGACUACACGGUUACCGGAGGCAUAGGAGUACAAAUUACCAUCCACGACCUCGACCUGGACCACGAGUUCGACUUCCUCUUCAUCCGGGGAGGAUCAGUCACCGAUAAGUACGAAAAUGGCCCCGUUCUGACGGGGAAGAUCUCGUCACCUGUGCGCUUUCUCGUUCCCCACACAACUACCUUUUCCAUCCACUUCGUAUCGCAGCACGAUGAAUCUGAAGUUCAGUCGCACAAAGGAUUCCGUCUUACGUACGCUCCGUUCGGUACAGUUGUCUCUCCUACCACUCCGACCACUACGGAGAUGAUUGUUCCACGGGAGGAGCUACAGUGGAUCCGAAAGGAAGUGUCCAUCAGUCGAAACAUGAUGAUUUCGGUGGAGACGUGGCCACUGGUGAAGACGGCCCUAGCGAACGCAUCUAAUGCAUUUGUCGAACUGCAUCAGCUAAAGUACAAGCCGUGUCGGCCCGACGACAUUCGAAUCCUGGCACAGAAGUGUCCGGAUACUUGGCCAGGCUACGAGGAGUGCGUCAGUUUGGAGUUUGCCGUUCCGUUGCGACCGAUCGUGGUGAUCGAGGAAGAAUCGGAAGGACUGCUCGGGUUGGAUGGCAAGAGUCGAUUGGUAGGGGGAAAGGGGUUCAUUCCUUUGACAACUACCGAAGAACCGGAAGUGGAGUAUCAGCUGGCGAAGCACAAUCUAGAGCGGAUGUGGAACGAGUUCGGUGCAAUGGCUCUGGCCGAGGUGGGCAUCGAGGUGUACAAGAUGCCGGAAAAUGCGUCGGUGCUGCUGAUUUGGAUUGCCAUCAGCUUGUGCGUCUUGGCGGCAUUCAUAUUUGUGCUGUACAGCAUCUGGAAGAUUGACUUCUUCAAGGAUUAUAGAAGAAUUUCCAAGCUAAGCAGAGAACCCCAGGACGAAGACCGCGGUGAACUGAAGAAGAAAGAAUACGACAUUUCCAUGUUCCCAUCGCCGCACCAGAUUGUCCCGACCCUAUUCCCAUCAGGAGACCCUUACAGUGAACGUCCUACGGAAGCUCAAUACGCCUACGACAACUCAACCAUGAACCCCUGGGCCGAAGACAUGGAUGACCCGAGGAAGUUCAACGGCAACCCCGCAGCGCCUAGAAACCAUCAACCAAAGCAACAGGUGUUUGAGCCACUUUCCCCGCUGGACUACUCGCCAAGUAUCAUGGACUUUAAUGAAAUACCGGAACCUCGAUCGCCCAGAAGGAGCAGAGUUAAUCCCUUUCUACCGCCCAGCAACGGGGGCAGUCCAGGCGGCAGAGGCGGCGGUCAGUGAUCGUCGUAAAAUCGUUUGGCAAGUUAAUUAAAAACUGUUUGGUUUGUUAUUUUAAAGACUUUUUCUGUAGCCAAUAAGUGGAUAUCGUAUUAAAUAUAUGCAUAUAAGUAGAGUACUCUCAAAAUGGGUUCAACUCGUGCUGAUUGGAUUUAGUGGCGUGCUGUGAAGGAGCCAUUAUCGAUACGGGGUGGGGCGGCGACUUUUCAAAGCAAUUAAUUUUAAUGAAACUAACUUAUGCGAAUCACGUUGAUCCCAAUUUCGGUAGAAAUUUGUGGCAGUAGCAUUUUGUUCAUUUUUGUAUGAAAUAUUAAUAAAAUCAAACAGAGCAAA